CCUGCUGCAUUUCCCUUGGUUUUAGGAGCUGAGUGACCAAGCGGGAUCAGAGUUUGAGAACUCUGACGUCAGAUGGGUCAUCACAGUGCCCGCCAUUUGGAAACAGCCCGCCAAGCAGUUCAUGAGACAAGCUGCCUAUCAGGCAGGCCUGGCCUCCCCGGACAACUCGGAGCAGCUCAUCAUUGCCUUGGAGCCCGAGGCGGCCUCCAUCUACUGCCGGAAGCUGCGGCUGCACCAGAUGAUCGAGCUGAGCAGCAAGGCCGCGGUCAACGGGUACAGCUCCAGUGACACAGUGGGAGCCGGGUUUGCACAGGCUAAGGAGCACAUACGGCGUAAUCGGCAGAGUCGGACCUUUUUGGUGGAGAAUGUCAUAGGAGAGAUCUGGUCCGAGCUGGAGGAAGGUGACAAGUACGUGGUUGUGGACAGUGGCGGUGGCACCGUCGACCUGACUGUCCAUCAGAUACGGCUACCGGAGGGACACCUUAAAGAACUGUAUAAAGCAACAGGUGGACCCUACGGAUCCUUAGGAGUAGAUUAUGAAUUUGAAAAACUUCUGUGUAAAAUAUUUGGAGAGGAUUUUAUCGAACAAUUCAAAAUCAAGCGUCCCGCGGCCUGGGUUGACUUAAUGAUUGCAUUUGAGUCUCGUAAGAGGGCGGCUGCCCCAGACCGAACUAACCCACUGAACAUCACCCUGCCCUUCUCCUUCAUCGACUACUACAAGAAGUUCCGUGGCCACAGCGUGGAGCACGCCUUGAGGAAGAGCAACGUGGAUUUUGUGAAGUGGUCCUCGCAGGGGAUGCUGAGGAUGAGUCCGGAUGCCAUGAAUGCCCUUUUCAAGCCAACCAUUGACAGCAUCAUUGAGCAUCUCCGGGACCUGUUUCAGAAGCCCGAAGUGUCCACGGUCAAGUUCCUCUUCCUGGUGGGAGGCUUUGCGGAGGCGCCCCUGCUGCAGCAGGCGGUGCAGGCUGCCUUCGGGGACAAGUGUCGCAUCAUCAUCCCCCAGGACGUAGGCCUCACCAUCCUCAAGGGCGCCGUCCUCUUCGGCCUGGACCCCGCCGUCAUCAAGGUGCGCCGGUCGCCCCUCACCUACGGGGUGGGCGUGCUGAACCGCUACGUGGAAGGCAAGCACCCCCCCGAGAAGCUGCUGGUGAAGGACGGCACUCGCUGGUGCACCGAUGUCUUCGACAAGUUCAUCUCGGCCGACCAGUCGGUGGCCCUGGGGGAGCUCGUCAAGCGUAGCUACACCCCGGCCAAGCCUUCCCAGCUGGUCAUCGUCAUCAACAUCUAUAGCUCCGAGCACGACGACGUGAGCUUCAUCACCGACCCGGGGGUAAAGAAGUGCGGUACCCUCCGCCUGGAUCUCACAGGGACCAGCGGCACAGCCGUGCCCCCCCGGAGGGAGAUCCAGACCCUCAUGCAGUUCGGGGACACAGAGAUCAAGGCCACAGCCAUCGAUAUAGCCACCUCGAAGAGUGUCAAGGUUGGGAUUGACUUCUUAAAUUACUAACGGGCCCUCCCGCCGCCUGCCCCGCCCUUGGACCCGGCUCACCUGCAUCUGCUGACCUCAACCCUGACUGUUCUUUCCCUGUCCUCGACCCUCAGCAUCGCCCACCUGGAUUUCAGCAGGGAAGAUGGGAACCACCAGGGCUGGAAAUAAUCAGGGGUUUUCGAGGGCACACUGGAGUCAGAACAACUGUCGGAAAUCGAGACUGAGGUUUGGGAAUAAGAAAUCCGAGGAUCCUGGGAGAGCAGCUCGUUUUUAUGGGUACAAAGUGGUGAAACCCACACCCGUCAAGGGAAUCGGUCCACUUCUGCAGCUGCGACUCAGCUUGCUUUGAACGCAUCUCCGGUAAGCAGGACUCAGGAUGCCUUGUCGCUGUCUUUCUAGGUUGGAUGUGAGAUCUCUGCGUCAGGAGGAGAUUCUUCAUCUAUUUGAGACGUUUCUUUGUACGUUUCUUGGGGGAUGGCAGUCAAUAUAAAAUACCACCCAUCUGCAGUUAAUUUCUUGUCAUCACCAUGUGAUUGAAUGUGGUGAUUCAGCAGGAGCUUGGAGCAUUUUUAGCUGGUAGGAGAAGACUGCCCACGCGGGGCACUAUUUUAGGUUCUCGUAAUUUGAAUUCUGAAUAGGUUCAGUGAGGAGUAACGAUAGCCAGCUAAUCGGCUAGGAUUUGAGUGAGUGGGAGGACAGACACCUUAACUUUUCAGCAGGUGAAGACUUGCUUUGAGGGAAAUGGACAUUAAGGCACUGCUGACUUCUGCCGAAUCAUAUGCUGCGACAUCGUUCCCCGGAUACCAGAUCCUGACUCCUGGGUUCAUAAGUGAUUCGAGUUAACCUUAGUAGACUUCAGGUGUCAGGAAAGGAGCCUGCAGUCUGCGUUGUUCACAUCAGCAAGCCCAGGAUCUGGAACGGCUCCACACCUCGACAAGCGUACAUGUUUUAAACUAACUCCCUCCUCGCCGUCAUCUCC